AACGCUAAAUUUUAGGUUCAAGCAAAGCAAAAACAAAAAUCAAAUAACAGUAAAAAUGCUUCAAUCCGAAUUUGUGAAACACUGUUUAAAAUUCGUUGAGAUUUCACAAGAACUGAACGACAACUGGGAAAUUGUGUCAACACCCAACUGUGAAGAUUACCUCCGUACCACGAAAUUAUUCCGCAGGAAGGAAACGAUUUGUGAACAGGAAGAGUUGCACGAUGAAAUACCGGGGCUAGAGCAUAACGAUCCAUCCAGUGCAGUCGUUUCAACAAUGCUCAAGGACGAAGUGUAUAUGAUAGAAUACCAUGUUGUGUACAGUUUUAGCUAUCAAGUACCUGUGCUGUACCUCAAUAUUCAAGACUCAAGAGGCAAAAUAUUAAAUUUGCAUUCUGCGUGGAAAUUACUGGAAGCGUUUAAAGGAUUCGGUUCGAAAGGAAUUUAUCAGGCUGUGACGCAAACAGAACAUCCCAUUCUUUAUCGGCCCUAUUUAUGUAUACAUCCGUGUAAAACUCAAGACAUUUUCGACAGCCUACCCAGUACCAAGCAACCCAUAGUUACAUUUCUAUCAACCUACGGGCCUCUCGUAAAACUUGAUAUUGAUCCUCGCUACGGUUUGAAACACCAUUGCAAAUAUUUCAGCUAGCUAAUAAAAAGACUAUAUUAUUGCGAUUCCUGUGAUCAAUUUUAUCCCAAACUUAUCAAAGCUCGAUGUGACUGUUUUAUAAAAAAUGUCAGAACUUCACCCAGG